AUGGGUACAAGGCUAGAAGACGCUGCAGAUGUGCGUCGAAGAGCGACCUCAAAGUCGGCCAAGUGCACGAUGCCCGUUGGAAAGAGAGGGGCGGCCUCACAAAAUAACGACGAUGGGCCAAAGGCAAAGCGGCACAAGGCACAUCCAGUGUCGACCACCUCGCCGAGACAAGUGCUAGAUGUGUACGUCUUUGGCAGCGGCGCGAGCGGCGAACUUGGGUUGGGCGUCACGCCGACAGACAAAAAGAGAGACCCAACGCUGGCGCGGUAUCCCACCCGCAACCAUCUCCUCGAUUCCGGCAAGAACAAGACGGGCGUCGUCCAGGUCGCGGUGGGAGGCAUGCACGCCGCCGCGCUCACCAGGGACGGCAGGGUCUUGACCUGGGGCGUCAACGACAAUAAGGCCCUUGGUCGCGACACCGAGUGGCAAGAGCCCCCUGAAGGGCUUCCCGAUGACGUUGCCGAUCUGAAUCCAUUGGAGAGCAGCCCGUCUGCGGUUGUCUUUCCGGCUUCUGCGGGACGUGUGUGUAUAGUCCAGGUUGCGGCAUGUGAUAGUGCUACUUUUGCACUCACCGACGACGGCCAGGUGUACGGUUGGGGGUCCUUUCGAGGAAGUGAUGGGCUAUUUGGUUUCCUCUACGACUCCAUCAAGGACAAGGCCAAGCCCCGCCAUGACGAGCUGCUCCAGUCGACCCCAGCUAUCAUCCCAGGACUCGCCGGCAUCAAGGAGCUGUCGUGCGGUGCGAACCACGUCUUGGCCCUGACGCACUCGGGCAACGUCAUGGCUUGGGGAUCCGGCGAGCAGGGCGAGCUGGGCCGACGUAUCCUCGGACGACGCCGCUUCCAAGCCCUCAUCCCGCACCCAGUCGGGCUGCCCAAGAACAAGACUGAGCGCAUAUACGCCGGCUUUCAUCACAACUUUGCUGUGGAUGCACGAGGCAGCAUAUACGCCUGGGGGCUUAAUAAUUUUGGCCAGGCAGGCAUCCCGACGGGUGAGGAACAGCUGACGUUGCUCAAGCCCACCGUGGUGGAGCGCUUGAAGGGUUUCCGUAUCAAACACAUGGCGGCGGGCUUGCAUCACUCCUUGGCAUGUACGGAGGAUGGUCGGGUCCUGGCUUGGGGUCGGUGUGACGACUGCCAGAUGGGAGUUGCCCUGGACGAUAUCCCUCGAGACCAUUUGAAGUUUGAUUCGGCGCAGCGCCCUAGGAUUCUCAAUACACCGACUUUGGUCCCAGGUGUCGAUGCGGUGUUUGUCGCCGCCGGUAUAGACAAUUCAAUGGCUAUAUCUAGAGAUGGAAGACUUUUUGGAUGGGGAUUUUCUUCCGAGUAUAGAACCGGCUUGGGAACCGAGGACACAGUCGAGCAGCCUGCUGUUGCCAAGAGAGGUGAUGCCAUCGGGAAGACCGUCUCUUUUGUUGGCUGCGGUGGCCAGUUUUCCAUCGCUGCUGGCCCAAAGAUUCAGUCACCUCCACUCAAAGGCUCAGAAAACAUGCCACAUCACCAAGCAUCUGUGAUGGACGAGGACGAGGACAAUAACGAAUACCAUGAAAGCGUGGACCGUCUAACCAUGGCUUAUGGGAACACACCUCGCCGUCCAAUCUUGGUUUUUGACGAUGACGAAGUUGAAAUCAUCCCAGAUGACGAUGACGACGACGACGAUUAUGUUCUAGAGCAUAUUGACCUGACUGGAGCAGAUUACGAGGGUGAUGAUCAAGAUGGCCACGGCCAGACAUUUUCCAGGAACCGAGAUCUUCAACCAGACCAAACUCGGCUCGAUAAAUAUCUUCGCUAUGGUCUGAGCAUUUCCCCAGGAACGUUUGUGGAACUGAACCAAAACCUACAACCUUUCAAUAUUCGAUUUUUGGAGAUCAAGAUGAUUUAUUCUCAGCCUGGAGAUGGACGGAGCAAAGUCUUUGUCCGCGGAAUCCCGUACGCCCGCAACCGCUUGUUGAGAGCUAUGCUGGAAACGCACGGCAACGAAGUCUGCCAAAUCUUUGAGGUUGAUGACAACGAUCCCCGUCAGGCCCACGAUCAAGCACUGGUCGAGGUCGAGUUUACGGCCAUCAAGCGAGUUAGGCAGCUCGUCAUAACAAAUACGCCUUACCCAGAAAACUCCUGCGCUUUGGAAGAUUUCAACAACGACAAGGCUCAGGCUGGGCGCAUGGGAAGACUGGUUUGUCGGUGGAGGCAUACCAUCUAUUACCGUGACGCUGACAGAAGGUCCAAGGAAAAGGCGCACAGAUGGAGGCUGGAGCAUCUCAGUGAGGCCCAUCUUCCCACAACCGGGAACAACGGCCAUAGUAUCAGAGGGUCCGACUUGGAAACUUUAAUGCACUGGCGAGGAGGGAGAAUCAAAGGGGGCUCAUACCUUCCAGGGAAUCGCCCGCCGACCAUCGACCUCUCAGACGACGACUGCAGCGGCAACAGCAGCACUCAUGCCCGAGGUCAGCGUUAUAUCUUUGGGGACAUGUUUUGCGGCGCAGGAGGCGCUUCCCAAGGCGCCCGGGCGGCAGGUUUCCGGCUGGGAUAUGCCGUCGAACACUGGAACCAUGCAGCCGCCACGUACCGGCACAACUUCCCCGAAGUAGACCUGUUCGAAGGCGACAUAUCCGACUUUUUCCGGCUCAGGAAACCCCAGUACGUCGACGUCUUGCACCUGUCCCCUCCAUGUCAAUAUUGGUCACCCGCCAAGACUCGGCCGGGCAAGAACGACGAGAUCAACAUGGCCGCCUUGUACGCGUGCGGGAACGCCGUCGACAAGCUGCGGCCCAGGCUCUUCACCUUGGAGCAGACGUUUGGCAUCCUGCGAGAAAUGCACAGUCUCCACUUCAGCAUGUUCGUGCGGACCUUCACCAGUCUGGGGCAUAGCGUCGAAUGGGGCAUCGUCCAUCUGCAGGACUGGGGCGUCCCUCAGCCGCGAAAGAGGCUGGUCAUGAUCGGAUCCUGCCCCGGAGAAGCACUGCCGACGCUCCCUCCGGCAUCUCACGGAAACGCCCCCGGACUUCGGCCCUACACCACGGUCAACGACGUGCUCGCGAGCAUCCCGCGCGGCGCGCAGCUGCACGACGUCCAAAGGGCCGAGCGCCUGGGAGCCGCCGGGACGCCGUGUGACGGAAACACCAUCCUUGGCGAGACGCUGUGCUGCGGCCGCGGCAAGAGCUGUCACCCGAGCGGCCGGCGGCUCUUUACCGAAAGGGAGCUGGCCGGGCUGCAGGGCUUCCCUCACUUUUUCGAGUUCCGGGGCAGCAGCGUCAUCAAGCAGAUCGGCAACGCGUUCCCGCCUUCGGCUGUGGAACAUCUCUACAAGCAUCUCCUCGACCAUCUCCGCACGGUUCACGAUGUGGCUGCGAGCGCGGGUUCGCUAGCUGGUCGUCGGAUCCAACCGCGACGGCGGGAUGCCGGGUUAGCAGCGCGUCCUCGGACGGGGGAAGACGUUGUCGUGAUCGACGGCAGUGACAACGAGAGCACUUCCAGCUCCGUUGUCAUGUGCGACAGGCCGAAAUCCCCAGCCAACGACGACGACGACGAUAACGACGCACCACGGCCUCGGGCUCUGCUGCUCCCAAACUAUCCCGAAAGCAUGGUCGUUGGUGGGGAGUGGGACGACGAUCCCCAAGACUCCGACAGCGACGCAACAAUGGACGGCGAAGAGGUAUAG